AUGAAGGUCAAAGUCAAAUCUUGGAAUGCUGUAGCUUAUUGGCUAUGGGACGUUAAAGACCCAGACGACAUUUGCGGUAUCUGCCAAAGCAACUUUGAUGGAUGUUGCGCCAGUUGCAAGGAACCCGGUGACAGUUGUCCGCUCCGUAAGUCUUGUCAGCAAAACCAGGCUAACAUGCGACGCUUGCAAGCUUCGUCCAAGCUGUUACUCAUCCGAUCUCUCUUGAUCUUCAUCCCGGCUUCUCCGUCGACAGUAUUCGGCAAAUGCAGCCACGAGUUCCACCUUCACUGCAUCAUGAAGUGGCUUCAAGACAAUGAUGGUUGUCCGUCUUGCCGUCGUCCUUGGGCUUUCACUCUUGGCUUUCUCUCGCCCCAUCUUGCUUUCUACAUGUUCCACCGACAAUCUGUCUCGGCGAUUGCAGAGCAAGUCGAGGGUACAACCAUCCGUACAGCCGCUAACACAGGUGCGGCUACGGCGGCAACCUAG